GCUUGGCUGGCCGGGAGCUCUGCAGCUGUGUUCUUAGAGCUCGGGGUCCUGCUCGCCCAUGACCCAGCUGGUUGAUGGCGUGAGCGGCGAGAUUAUAUAUGAACAAGAAGGGGUAUAUAUUCACUCAUCUUGUGGAAAGGCCAAUGACCAAGACAGCUUAAUUUCAGGAAUAUUACGUGUUUUAGAAAAGGAUGCUGAAGUAAUAGUGGACUGGAGACCCUUGGAUGAUGCAUUAGAUUCUUCUAGUAUUCUGUAUGCUGGAAAGGACUCCAGUUCAGUUGUAGAGUGGACCCCGGCCCCCAAAGAAAGAACUCAUCGAGGAUCAGAACUCCAGAGCAGUUAUGAAGCAGAGUGGGACAUGGUUAAUACAGUGUCAUUUAAAAAGAAACCACAUACCAAUGGAGAUGCUCCAAGCCAUAGAAAUGGGAAAAGCAAGUGGUCAUUCCUGUUCAGUUUGACAGACCUGAAAUCAAUCAAGCAAAGCAAAGAGGGUAUGGGCUGGUCGUAUUUGGUAUUCUGUCUAAAGGAUGACGUCGUCCUCCCUGCUCUGCACUUUCAUCAAGGAGAUAGCAAACUACUGAUUGAGUCUCUUGAAAAAUAUGUGGUAUUGUGUGAGUCAUCACAAGAUAAUAGAAUUCUUCUUGUCAAUUGUCAAAAUAAGAGUCUUUCACAGUCUUUCGAAAAUCUUCUUGAUGAACCAGCAUAUGGCUUAAUACAAAAAAUUAAAAAGGAUCCUUAUACAGCAACUAUGGUAGGAUUUUCCAAAGUUACAAACUACAUUUUUGAUAGUUUGAGAGGAAGUGAUCCCUCUACACAUCAACGACCACCUUCAGAAAUGGCAGACUUCCUUAGUGAUGCUAUUCCAGGCUUAAAGAUAAAUCAGCAAGAAGAACUGGGAUUUGAAGUCAUCACAAGAAUUGAUUUGGGAGAGCGACCUGUCGUGCACAGAAGGGAGCCCGUGUCACUGGAAGAGUGGACCAAGAGCGUUGACUCUGAGGGAAGACUCUUAAAUGUGGAGAGCAUGAAGCAGAAGAUAUUCAGAGGGGGUCUUAGUCAUUCAUUAAGAAAGCAAGCGUGGAAAUUUCUUCUGGGUUAUUUUCCUUGGGAUAGUACCAAAGAGGAAAGAGCUCAAUUACAAAAACGAAAAACCGAUGAGUACUUCAGGAUGAAGCUGCAGUGGAAGUCUAUCAGUGAGGAGCAAGAGAAGAGAAACUCAAGGCUGAGAGAUUAUAGAAGUCUGAUCGAAAAAGAUGUCAACAGAACGGAUCGAACAAACAAGUUUUAUGAAGGUCAAGAUAACCCAGGACUGAUUUUGCUUCAUGACAUUUUGAUGACCUACUGUAUGUAUGAUUUUGAUUUAGGAUAUAUACAAGGAAUGAGUGACUUACUUUCCCCUCUUUUAUAUGUGAUGGAGAAUGAAGUGGAUGCCUUUUGGUGCUUUGCCUCUUACAUGGACCAAAUGCAUCAAAACUUUGAAGAACAAAUGCAAGGCAUGAAGACCCAGUUAGUCCAGCUGAGCACCUUGCUGCGACUGUUGGACAGCGGGUUCUGUAGCUAUUUGGAAUCCCAGGACUCUGGAUAUCUCUAUUUUUGCUUCAGAUGGCUUUUAAUCAGAUUUAAAAGGGAAUUUAGUUUUCUAGAUAUUCUUCGAUUAUGGGAGGUAAUGUGGACGGAACUACCCUGUAAGAACUUUCAUCUUCUUCUGUGUUGUGCUAUCCUGGAAUCAGAAAAGCAGCAGAUAAUGGAAAAGCAUUAUGGCUUCAAUGAAAUACUUAAGCACAUCAAUGAAUUGUCCAUGAAAAUUGAUGUGGAAGAUAUACUAUGUAAAGCAGAAGCAAUUUCCCUACAGAUGACACAGUGCAAGGAAUUGCCACAAGCAGUUUGUGAGAUCCUGGGGCUCCAGGACAGCGAAGUUACAACGCCAGAUUCAGACACCGGAGAAGACGACAAUGUUGGCACUACUUGUCCCACAUCUGCGUUUCCAAGUAACACCUUCCCCGUCCUUGCUGCCAGUGAAGCCAAAGACGACAGCUCAGCACAGACACUGGCAUCCCCAAAUGCCUGCAGAUUAACACCUGCAUGAUCAUUUGUCUUACAUUUUUAGAGAUACUUUGUUGCAAUUUCUUUUUAAGUACCUGAAAGGUAGACAUUUACAGUCUUGGUGUUGAUCAUGCUUUAAGGUUUAUGGAAAGACAGUGUACUGAUGUUCUUGCAUUAAAGCUUUACAAAGUUUUAAACUAAUUAUUUUUGUAGUUACUUCUACCAAAUAGCCUUUCCUUCUCAAUAACAUUCCUUAGUAUUUUUUAUAGCUAAGUGCAUUGUAUUUUGUUGCUGAUGAACUGGGAUGUGAUGAAUACUACAAGUGGAUGCCUUGGGAAUUAUGCACUCUGAAAAGCAUUCACUGCGUUUACUCUUAGUGGGCUUUGGAUUUGAUAAAAUUAACUGCUGAGCCUUUGUAAAGCAUUCUAAGAUGAGAUGUUGCACAGUGAUGAGAUUUAAAAAUGCAAACAAAUUUGGUUUUUCUAUUGUUUACAACAAUAUUCAGCUUAAAUAUUUAUGCUGGUUGAAUGUGAUUUAAAUUAGACAUUUUCGCCAAUGUAGUUACUGUCUGGAUAAAGAACAUUAACCUUAGCAAGUGGAUUGGCAGUCUGUUUUUUACAAAGAACUUUUCUUCACUUGUACAUAAACUAUACAUAAGUACUAUUUAUUGAGUAUAAGAAAGCAUAGUCCUAUUUUCUUUAACUGAAUAAACUUGACUAUUGGUUUAUAUAAGCUGAUUCAACAAAAUUAAUACAUGGCUUCAAUAUAAGAUCUUUUUCAAAGCUAUUUUCUUAACUGAACAUUUAUUUAAUGAGACUACAUUCAACCCUAUCUAUACCUGGUAUAAUUUUAAAAUUAAUCACUGUAACCUCACUUUGCUAAUAAUGUUUAUUAUCUUUCCUAAUAAUGCAUUAAUUAAUCAGAUCUUUAAAUUUUUAUAAAAUAUUCUUUUCAUAAAGCUUAUGUCAAAGAUUUCCAGGCACUGUCAUGAGUCUCAAAGUCAUAUUUUUUGUAUAUGAAUGAAGCUGUUUUUACCAUGCAGUAUUGCAUGAUUUUAAGUUAUGUGGAAUUAACAUAACUGAUUCCGUUUUAAUUGUAAUUUGUUAAACUCUUGUACAUAUCAUUAAAAUAAAUUUAAA